AUGACUACCAAUGUUGCCCUCGAGACCUCUAUGGGCACCAUAAUCCUCGAGCUCUACACCACCCACGCCCCCCGGACAUGCACCAACUUCCGUACUCUCGCGCAGCGCGGCUACUACGACGACUGCGUCUUCCACCGCAUAAUCCCGAACUUCAUGGCGCAGACGGGCGACCCGACGGGCACCGGCCGCGGCGGCACCUCUAUCUACGGCGAGAAGUUCGAGGACGAGAUCGCGCCUGACCUGCGGCACACCGGCGCUGGAAUCCUGAGCAUGGCCAAUGCUGGAAAAGAUACAAACGGCUCCCAGUUCUUUUUGACGCUGGCCCCGACCCCGUGGCUCGACGGCAAGCAUACCAUCUUCGGCCGCGUGAAGAGCGGGCUUGCCGUUUUGAAGCGCUUGGGUAUGGUGAAGACGGGCGCGGAUGAUAGGCCUGCUGAGGAGGUAAAGAUUAUCAAGGCAAGGGUUCUUGAUGACGAGGAAGCCGUCUAG